AUGAACGUUCAUAUUUUUGUGGUACUGAUUUGGUUGGGCUUGUGUUUAUGCAGAAAAAGGAAUAGUAUCAGUUGUAGCGUUGGUUAUGCAACUAGGGCCAAAGGAUGGUCAAAGCAGCUGAAUGCAUAUGUUUCAGUGGACAGAAAUUUCGAGAGGUACUGGGAAGGAUAUCGCGUGAAAAAUCGGGUGAAAAAUUGCGUGAAAAAUGGCGCGAAAAAUUGUGUGAAAAAUAGCGCGAAAAAUUGUGUGAAAAAUAGCGCGAAAAAUUGCGUGAAAAAUUGCUUGAAAAAUCGUCCCACUCGCGAAAAUCGCCUGAACAGCGCAAGUGAAGGCUUCUCCAAUACAGUUCACCACAAUGUGAAGAAAAACACAAAGAACUACACAGAAGACAGCCCCCCUGCGACCUAUCAUAGGUACAUUGAAAACUUAAAAACGAGAAAAAUUAUACAUCCAAGUAUUAGAAUAACGGAAUUUGAUAAAAAAUUUAUAAAGUGCAAAGAAAGUUACAAUAAAUUAUACUCUCACUUGAAGAAUAGCGAACUGUUCGAAAAUUUUCAAUAUGUGGGAAGACAAAAAAAAGGUAUUUUAUCUCCCAAAUAUUAUUUACCAAAGUACAUUGAUAGGCCCAAUUAUUAUCGGACUGGCACACCUCUUCAUAUUCCAUAUGAGGAAGUAAAUGACAUGAUGUCUUCUUGUAUAGGAGAAGCUGUUAAUAGUUGCAAAAAUUCUGAACAAGAAGAAGAAGCAGAAUCGAUUCGUCAAUAUCAAAGCAAGGAGGAAUAUGAACCAUCAAGCGAUGACAUACAUUCCGAAUCAUCGAAUACCUUAGGGAGAGAACGAUAUAAGUAUACAAAUAUUAAAAGCGAGGAAGACAUUGAAAUUAUCAGGAGUAACUGCCAAUUUGCACGUGAACUAAUGGACGAUGUAUCAUACAUCAUUUGUGAAGGGAUAACAACAAACGACAUAGACAUAUACAUUCUGAACAAAUGUGUAAAUAAUGGAUACUAUCCAUCACCUUUGAAUUAUCAUUUAUUUCCAAAAAGUUCAUGUAUAUCGAUAAAUGAAAUUCUAUGUCAUGGAAUUCCUGAUAACAAUGUCUUAUAUGAAAAUGACAUUGUAAAAGUAGACAUAAGUGUUUUUAAAGAUGGUUUUCAUGCUGAUAUGUGUGAAAGUUUUCUUGUACCAAAAUUAACAAAAAAUGAAAAAAAAAAAAGAAAAAGAUAUUAUGAUUUUAUAUAUUUAAAUGAUAAAUUCAAAACAAGAUACACGAAAUUUAUUUUGAAAUAUAAUUAUGACCUCAUUAAAAAUAAAGUUGUAAAAAAAGGAAAAAGUUGUUCAAUAAGAAGAAUUAAAUAUGAUCCUCCAAAUUCCAAAAAUAAACAAAGUGAACAUUAUAAUAAUCAGUAUGAUGAUAACACAAAUUCUGUUUACAAAAAUUAUAAUUAUGACAAUACCUAUGAUUAUGUCACAAAACAAGGUAAUUUUUUAUCACCGUAUGAUGAUCAAACGGAGGAUAAAAAAUAUUUUUGUGACCUCGAAAAUUUUCACAAACAAUAUGAUGAAAAUGUUAUAUAUAAUAAUUCCCAAAAAAAUCAAACAUACUAUGAUAUUCAAAAAUAUAUAUAUAAUAACAUAAGAGGAAAAGAAAAAAAUCAAAAACGUUUCGAAUUCUUCGACAAAACUAAGAUGGAUAUAAAUGAUUUAAAAGAGUACAUGCGUGAAAAAAAUAUAAAUUUAAUGAAAACUGCUUAUGAAUGUACAAUGGAGGCUAUUCAAGUAUGCAAACCUGGGGUUCCCUUCAGUGCCAUAGGUGAUGCGAUUGAUAGUUGUUUGAAGAGGAAAAAUAAUGCCUAUACAAAUUAUGCUGUUGUUCCACAUUUAUGUGGACAUAAUAUUGGAAAAAAUUUUCAUGAAGAACCUUUUAUAAUGCACACAUUAAAUCACGACCAUAGAAAGAUGUGCGAAAAUCUAGUCUUCACAAUAGAACCUAUUAUAUCCGAACGCCCUUGUGACUUUAUCAUGUGGCCUGAUAAUUGGACUAUGUCAAAUUCGAGGUAUUACUAUUCUGCUCAGUUUGAACAUACCAUUGUUAUAAGGAAACACGGGGCCGAAAUUCUCACGUGCAAAAACGACAAGUCUCCAAAGUUUAUAUGGGAAAAUGGUGCCACGCCCUAG